CCUUCCUCCGUUGAGAGUCAAGUGAGCGGUCAAAUUUCCCAUGAUGUGAAAAUUUUCCAGAGGUAGAAUCAAUACCCGAGUAAUCUCUAGCUCAUCUCAACUUUGAUUUUAGCUCAGGCAACAAUGUGCGUGAUCGAAUUGCGACUUCCACCCUCCAUGAUCCUGAGAUACCGAUACGCAAAGCAUCACCAUAUUUUUCCUUUCUCAACCCUGAACUCGUGAGUUCUUUCGCAACACUCCGCUUGGCAUCGCCCUCGAUAUCCAUAGUCCACCAUGGAGCUGGUAAUCUGCCAUUGCAAGCAAUGCCGGAAUCCCAUCGGCAAGUUCAUCAACCUGUGGAUUCAAAUCGACGGGAAGGCAUUCAGUCCCAUCAUCGAAUCGGAGGACAAUCUGAAAAUCCUCUGUCGCGGAAAGAUAGUGGACGGAUAUCGUGGAACACUGACUGAAAAUUGUAAACGGCAAGAUGUAAUUUGUGCCAGUUGUUCCGAAUCCGUUGGGGUCAAGUUCCUCAAGACCCCUGUAAGUCAUGUGCUACAUGAGAAUCAGAUUGUGUUCCGGAUUGCAUCAGUCACCCUAUCCGACGACGCGGGCGAGCGAGUAAAGUGUGCCAUCAUACGCGUCCUCAGCAACAAAGAGCCGGCUAGAGUCAGCAAAGCCAACUCGACCGAAAAAAAAGGGGAAUAUUGUAUUCCUCGCUUGAGAUUGCCUAGAUUUAUCGACAUUCCCCCAUUGGAGAAUGAGGUCGCCAGCCAAAGACAGCAUGUCAAUCAGACCGACAGCAAUACUCCCAGAGUUGCCAAGGCUUUGGAAAAGGGGGCCGACGGCACCGGGGACUACCUUGCCAAACUUGAGACACUCGAGACCACAGUUGAGAAGUGUCUCCUGGAGGUCAAAGGGAUUUUUGAUGAUCUGGCAUCCAUCAAGAUCGAGGUCAACGAUCCGAAGGAUGUUCAACAUCAACAAACCACCUGACUCGACCAACGGCUCGAUUCUGUUUCCUCUGAACUCAGGCAAACACGCAACGAAGUGACAAAGUCCACAAAUCAAGUGCAACAAGAGCUCACGAACCUUAGAGCGCAGGUCUCUGGCCUCCAAACCCAGGUCAAUAUCUUAACGUCAAAAGCUAACAAUAGCGUUUCUGCCACCGA